CUUUUUAAUUCUUAAGAGUCAGUAACUCAUUGAAGGCCCAUUAGGGUUCUAAGAUGAGUACAUAAGGAGUAUCCUUUUGUCUAUUACCUUCUCUUCUGUAUUUGCGAUCCCCUGACAGGAACAAGAAACAUGGUGCACGUCAAUUUUUACCGCAACUAUGGGAAGACCUUUAAGAAGCCUCGAAGGCCGUACGAGAAGGAGCGUUUGGAUGCAGAGUUGAAGCUUGUAGGAGAGUAUGGACUAAGGUGCAAGAGGGAACUUUGGAGAGUUCAGUAUGCUUUGAGCCGUAUCAGGAAUGCUGCUAGAAUGCUUCUGACACUGGAUGAGAAGGACCCACGUCGUAUUUUUGAAGGUGAAGCACUCUUGAGGAGGAUGAACAGGUAUGGAUUAUUGGAUGAGAGCCAAAACAAGCUCGAUUACGUCUUGGCUCUCACUGUGGAGAACUUUCUUGAGCGUCGUCUCCAAACACUAGUGUUCAAGACUGGCAUGGCUAAGUCAAUUCAUCAUGCUAGAGUCCUCAUCAGGCAAAGGCAUAUCAGAGUCGGGAGGCAGGUGGUGAAUGUUCCUUCCUUUAUGGUUAGGGUGGAUUCCCAGAAGCACAUCGACUUCUCUCUCACUAGUCCAUUCGGUGGUGGACGUCCUGGAAGAGUCAAGCGAAAGAACCAAAAGGCUGCAGCCAAGAAGGCUUCUGGAGGUGACGGAGAUGAGGAGGAUGAGGAAUGAGCAACUUAGUGUUCGCAGUAUUUCGCUAUAUUACUACUGGCUUAUCUUAUUUUUCUGCAGUUUUAUGGUUACCUUAAUGUAGUAAAAAGAAAUGUAUUAAACAAGUUUUGGAGAAGUUUUUAAUUUUGGAUUUUGCGCUGUUUUAA